AUUCGCGAGCAUUCCAAGCCAUGCUGGACACGCCGGCGAUGCCCGCCGGAGAUUGCGAAAAGGAAACCGCUCACAAGCGCAUCUUCAAGGAAUUCAUGGCCGGGGUGGCACGGUCCGAGGAGCUCGUGGAUGGAGGGAGGCAAUUCCUCGCAAGAUUCCAGCAGGAGCUAGACUAUUUUUGGAGGCCGCGGGUUCCGGUUGAAUCGGAUGUUAUAGGUGAGAUAGUUAGAUCUGACUGCACCGAUAGGAUGAAGUCGUAUCUGGAAUCAGGCUGCAGCCUUCACUGCCAGAGCAUCUCCAACUUGAGCCAGUUACAUUCAUGUGAGGCAGAGCUCCAAGGUUAUAUAAAUAAAGUGAAUGCACUGGUCGAAGAACUUCAAUGCCUAGUGGAAGAUGCCUAUGCCGCUACACUAACAGCCAAUCUAAGUGCUACAAAAGUUUUGGACUAUACUGUUGCUGAUAAUAGUAUGAAUGAUGCAUCUCACUUCACGGAGGAAAAGGAGGAGCAGCCUGCAGAUCAACUAGACCGCGAUUCAUCACUCGUUAUGGUGAUGAUCCUUGUCCAUAAUAUGCUGAAGCUCGACUACACAAUGCAGGAAAAGAUUGUCAUGUCACUGUCCCUUAAGUCAUCAUCCGCAGAGCUCCAGAGCUACUGCCUUAUGUGGGAUCUGCGGCCCUACGUUGACGGCAAAGUGAUGGAUCUCGCGUGGAAAUCUUGCCCAUGAAACCCUUGCGCCCAUGGUUGUUGGUUCGCAACUUCACAUACGGCAGACUUGCCCCCCAUGUACUGUAAUUGGAUCUCAACGUGUUUAUUUUAGGAUUAUGGUGUGUAGGGAACUUGCAGCAGGGGUCUGUAUGGGGUUAUGCCAGACUGACGCGGUCUGUGGGGUUGCCUGAACUGAAUACAUCCUUUUUGCACGGUAGAAAUAGAUAUUUAUACAAGAGCAAUUUGGCAUUUUCUAUCA